AUGGACAGCGUAGAGGGGGACCUACGCUCCGUCGAGAGCGGGGAUAGCGGUAGCAACACACCCAGUGGAGGAACACCCCAAAGGCGUCAACGCGAAUCGCGACAGAAUGCACACACGCACAGCCACCGACGCGUUCUCAAGUGUGUGCUGAGAAGAGACACUAAAAGAAAUUCUUCAGGUUCCUCCACUCACAAGGAAAAGGAUGCACAUACGUCGGAAGUUUAUCCGGUCGACGAAGAGGCAACCAAUUGCACACCAAGUGGAAUGAACCAGAAGGAGCGCACCGUUCGGACCAAUUCGAAGAAGCAUAAUAAACAAGCAAAAAAAACAAUCGAUGUGGUGACCCACUCCACGGAACCACAACAUGUUCAAAACUACGUCAUUGAUGAUAAAGAGCAUGUGUCGUGGUGUAUCCAGGAAACGGGGAAGCUUAAGAACAAGCAGAAGAGGAGAAAAGGAAAGUCGAGACCCCCUGCAUCUGAAGUAGAUGCGCAACGGGACGAACACGUGGAAGGUACACACGCUUUCUGUCCGAUCAACGGGGAUGAUGAGAAAGACGCUGACGAGAGUGAAGACUAUCAGGACAGCGACGGUGAGGAUGGUGACGACAACAGACAUGGCAGGAGCCACCUCGACCGAUGCCACCGCCCCCGUCGAGUCGACCCAACCGAGGAACGAAGAAGGGAGCUCAGCAUUUACAAAAAAAAAGUGAACCAAGUAAACAAAAUUCUGUACAACCUAAACUGCUUCAACAAGUUUAGCAGUCUUGAGUUCAGGAAAGGCAUGUCACAAAAUAAAAAGCAAAAAGAAGCUGAAGUAGUGGAAACCACCUUCACUUCCGUCACCCCUUUCUCGAGGGGUUCACAGAAGGAAAAUCCCACUUCCCUCGUAACGUACACGCUGCAUCCGAAACAGAUGUCUCUGCACGAUGAAGAAAAUGCAUGCAGCAAAAACAAUCAACCAAGUGCGAUGCGUCAGGCGGUUCACAAUUUCCCAAAGGGAAAAGACACAACUGUGUUAGGUAGAACACUUCCCACACUUCACGCUGCGCACCACCCCUAUGAUGAGCGAAAUGGGGAAGACUCGGAACCCCCCAACCAGGUCACCGUAAACAGUAAUUGUGAAGGGAGUGCCACCCCGACAACACACUCCAGGGGGCACUCCCAGCUAGCCAAAAUAAAGCAAAAGAGCGAGGUGGAUAGUGAAGCAGCUAACGGGGGGGAGGACGAAGCGCAAGCAAACUUUUCCACCAGCUGCUACGUGCAGGUUAACCAGGAGGAAGAAUCACAAACGAAUGGUAAUAAAUACAGCACUACCUUAACGAACGGAGAAUGCAUGCAAAGUCGAAAAGAGCGGAACACCCAACAGUUAGUACCCCCUGAGAGUAUCUUCCCACCAAAUGUUACAAACAGUAGUGACCGUCCUAUGGAUGAUACUAAAACGAAUGCUUUGCCAAGUGUAAGUGGUGAAGCUGAAACAACCAUUCUACUACCCCUACCCUCGGUAAACACAACCGACAGUAAAAGUAAAAAUCCCUCUCACAAAAGGAACCCCUCUCGAAAAAAGGAAAACAUCUCACUAGAUGGAAAGGAUGACAUUGUGGUGUCCGCUCCAGGAACAAGUAUGUCUAGCAAAGCGCAUGCAGGGAGUCACCAGACAAAUAAACGCAAACCGAAGGGAGAGGAAAAGCAUUCCCAUUUGAGUAAAUGCCAAGAGGUAGGCAAUCUAGAUAGUCAAUCAGCACCCAUAUAUGAAGUCACAAAGGAGGAGAAACUUUUUGAGAGUACCAAGUUUGAUAAUGUCACACUUAGGUCGAUGCCAAAUGAAUCGAGUCAACCUCGCGUCUCUAUAGAUGACGCAUCUAGCGAGUCGUCCACGUCUAGUGCAUCUCCAUCACAAAUAAAUUAUAAACACAUUUCUAAAAAAAAUGCAAAGAGGUUGACUUAUCAGGGGAAGGAAACUAUUGUUGCCCAACCCGAGGGAGAACCCACUUCAACCCCUUUGAUUAUAGCUAGCCAAAAAAAACGGGAUCACAAUGGCACAGUUUUUAAAAGCACAAAUGAUUCCAUAGGAACAGUUGAAUUCGGUACUGUGGCUGAUGCAAACAUGCAAGUAGGAACGAACGAAGGUAGGGAAGCUGAACAGAAUAAUGGGAACAAAAGGGGGACUAACAAAAAGAGGAGGAAGAACAAACGUUCCAUCGCCUCGAAUGUUGAAGACACCACCAGGAGGGAAAACCUGAGUAACCUUCCAAGUGACCAACCUGAACCAUCCCAACUGAGCAGGGAUGAAACAAACCAAUCGUGUAAUCCCAAGAACACGCCAGAUGAUCACACAAGGGAACCCACAUCGUACGAAAGGGCUCUCCCCAAUGCGCAUGCUAUAUCACCCACGUCGGAUGUAAAUAAAUCCGAGGAAAUUAUGAAUACCAAAGGGAAAAAAAAAAAGAAAAAAAGAAAAAAGAAAAAAAAAAAAAAUUCUACUGAAGAGGUGGACACAAACGAAGGACUUAAAUAUACGGAUCAGCUAACCAACUCAGCUGAACACAAUGAAAUAGGUCAGUCUCCCGAGGAGGAAACACCCUACCUGCUUGAAAAGGAGUCAUCUCCCAUGGGAGGUGGACCCCCCCAGGUUGAGUAUAACUUGGACAAAAAAUGUAACCCCAAAAAGGGAUCCAAAAAAGGCUCAAAGAAAAUUGUUACACGGAAAGGCAGCAAGGGGGAAGAGGAAGGGGCGAUGGAUUCUGCUUCAACUCCACAGGCAAGGGCGUUUAACGAGAGCUUCGAGAAGGUAGACCGAAACCAUUCGGGAAGUACCCCAUUUGGUAGCAACCAGCUCAGUAUGAACGAACCGCAUGCCCCCGUGCUGCCUCCAAAGAAAGGGACACACAACGAGAAACAACGAAAGAAGGAUCACACACACCCGCAGCAGAUUGACAUAAACGACUCAGCCCCCAUGAACCCCAUCGUCUACACAUCAAUGGGAAAUUAUGCGAACAGGACCAUGAACCCACUUCCCCUAAACCAUGGGUUCUGCACCGCCCAAAAUUUAUCAAAUGUGGAUCGUACAAAACAAUACAGAUGCACCAGCGAAGAUAAUUUUAAUGAACAUGAUGUAUUGGCUCAGGAAGAGCAGAGUAACGUCAUUGGGGGAGACGCAUCUUUUGUUAAUGCGCCCCCUCGUGAUGGCAGGAGUGUGCACGGAGGAGACAAUCGAAGCAGCGAAAGGGGUGAUAGCCCAGACCGGUACAACCACAACAGUCAAAACGAGGAGGACUAUUCUGCAGACGUGCUCAGUGACAACGUGAGCAGCUUCGUAUCGAGGGACUACGCCAAUUACGUGAACUACAUUAACUACAUGAACUACCUGAAUCGAAUGAACCCAAUCAGCCACGCGAAUCGCCUAGGCCGCGUCAACAGGGCACUUCCCCAGCGAAUACGCAGAAAGGGGUUCCUAUCGAGACACUUAAAGUGGAAGUACCCCUCUGGUUCCACCACCUCCUACAUGGAAGACCUAUGGAGAGGUGAAAAUGAAGGUGGCGUAUUCAACAGGGAACCCUACUUUAACCAUUUUAAACGUGGUUACGCGAAUUAUAUGAUCAGCGGGAGAGGCUUAGCUGGAAUGAGUGGAAUGAGCUGGCUAGGCGGUGCCCAAAACUUUGGCAACCCAAACCGAAUUAGCCACAUGAACAACUUCAUAAACGGACAAGGGAGCUUCUUCCCAGGGAGGCAAAACGAAGGACGUAGAAAUAAACCUCGUCGGUUACUUCAACAGCCGUGUAGACCCCCCAAUGGGAAUAACCCCCUCCCGUAUGGAAGGCAGUACAGAGUGAAGACCUUUCCCAGUGGUGGAACCGAUUGGAAUAAUUACACGGACAUAAGUAGCACUAUCGCAGCAAUGAACAAUGAGGACGUGGCCUCUGUAGAGGCAUCUCUCAUCACCGCGGCAGAUGAAGUAGGGGGGUAUGCCCCCAGUAUGCAUGACAAUCGAAGAAGAAUCACCAGCAGUGUUCCUCAUCGUUACGACAUCGGUUACAACAUUUGUACUUCGGUCCCAAGUGCCAACAAACCGUGUAAUAAAAUUGGACCCUCUCACAAUGAGUACCAUUAUGCAAACACAAAUGGAGGCCAAUGGGAAGACGCGAAAGGGAUACAUCGCCCAGUGAAACAUGACCCAUUCCUAUGCAGAGACGUAAGUUACCUAGGGGGGGGUUACAAUCUUGGAGUGAAGACCCCAUGGGAUGUUCCACCUUACAAUAAUCACUUGGUUGUUCCAUUUAACAGAAUGGGAAUACCCCCCAUUGGAACCAUCGAGAGAGGUUCUCACCAUAGCAACAACUGGAGCAGUCACCUCGGCGCGAAACACGUAAAUGUAGAAAAUAACUUCCCCAUGGGGAGUAACUACCCUCCAGGAAAUAAGCGUAUGGUGGUGAACGCACAAGGAGUGAACCUCCCCCCUGUGCACCCAGACCGAACCCCUUUCCAUCAGACCAUCCAACUGAACAGAGAAAAAAUGACCUUCCUCCCAACGCAUAAGUGGGACAUCUACAACAAAUUACGAAUAAGAAAAAAAAAAAAAAAAAAAAUUUUCAACGAUGAGCAGUACACACAACAGAGUAUAUACCAUGCAGACAGAAAUACUUAUUUCCCAAACGAUAUUAACAAAUUUAAUGCCAUGUAUCCGCUUGAAUAUAACCCUCUUGUGAACACCUUUGCUGGCUCCUAUGGUAACCCCUCCAGUGGGUUUUAUCACCUCCCCUAUGGCGUCAUCCCCCCGGUCGGCAUCCCACUACGGGAUUUCCACUCCAUUAACGGCGCGCCGCAUUUUGCAAAUCUGACCAACGGGGGGAAUUUCUCCAAUGGGGAUUCCCUGGAUGAAAAUUAUGGACCCAGUCAACAUGGGACUUACCAACAGGGGGGAAAUCCUCACGCAAGGUACCCCUAUAAAGGACUUCCCCCGGACCAGCCACACAUGUCACAGAAUGGCAAACCCUAUCCAAUGAUUUACCCAGGUGAAACAGAAAAGGCCAACAAGCUGGAUAAAAAUGACCCCCCGAAGGUAGGAAAAAAAAACAGUUUCACAUUGCUUAAUGGAAACAGAGUAGAAAAGGAUGAAAUCUGCAGGCGACAAAGUGCAAAUGAUGACCAAAUGGAAAAUGAAAAUAAAAAGAACGCCACAUAUCCGAAUGACCAGUUCGUAGAUGUAACUGCUGAAUGGAAAAAGGUUCCAACGGGUGAUGACUCCAGAGUGUUGCCUAUCAAAGGGGAGGACCUAUCGAAUAGUUACGAAGGCGUCCACAACGGGGGAGCUGCACCAGUGAGACUCCAAAAAGAGAAAAAGAAAAAGAAAGAAAAGUCAGCCUUUUCAAAGACGAAGCAGCAAAAUGGGGAUAAGACAAACAACUACAACGAAAUGGUGAGGAAAUACAACGAACUUAAAAAAUGUAGCCAUGAAAAUGUUUCAAUGGAUAGGAAUGACGAGCAGGACUACACGGUAGAAGACGCAACCACGAUGGGUGCACCCUUUUGUUUGUUCACCAAAAUAAAGCAAAGGAGUACGAAGCAACCUACCAAGGGGGAGGCCGUUACCAUGCAGGGCAUAGAAAACGAGAAGGAAGAACCCCAUGAGUGUCUUAAUUAUGACGUCGAGGGAUCCUAUGCAUACGUGCCGCAAAACGGGCAGCACCUGAAUGAUAAGAAGAAAAAAAGAAAAAAAAAAAAAAAAAAAAAGAGGCAGAAAAAUGGAGAAGAGGUGACACAUACUACGGAAAAGGCACAUAGUGGGGCACCUGAUCACUCUAAUGAUGCUGCCCAAAGGGGGAGAAACCAAAGUUGCGUCACCCUAAGUCACUACGAUAAGUUCAUCGCGAGCAGAAAUCACCUUCCCCUCCGGAACGGGAGAAUAAGAAGUCUAUCUCUAAACCUGGACGACAAGCCAAGGAUACAUCUGCUGCCUCUUCUGCAUGGUGCAAUUCAGAGGUACAAAGCCAUUAAAGUGGAUCCUCCCCCCGCAGUGGGAAUAAUACCCCCUACGACACUUCACAGAGGUGAUAGUGCAAACAAUGCACCACGCAAUGCCCUCCAGGCAGAUCUCUUCCUCCUGCUACGCAAAACAGAAGAACUACUAAUCGACCUGCUCAAAAAGGUAAAGCCGUCCAAGGAUAUCAAACGAACGAAGCGGAAGAUCUUCUCCCUCCUGUCCAAGCUAAUAAAGCACUUGUUCACCUGUGACAUAAAAAUAUAUACCGUGGGUUCUAGUGCCUACGGGGUGGACUCAAAAACAAGCGACCUCGAUAUCGUCAUCCAGGCGAACCUCUACAACCCAAAGUAUAUCCUUCGCAAUAUUUACAACUACAUCGAACAGAUGAAGAGGAAUCGGGAGAGGGAAAACGAUGUGGCGACGAAGCAGAACGAAGAGGAGGGGAAGGAUAACCCCGCCAUUGACGCAGGAAGCAAAGUGCAGACAGAUCAGUACCAUUUGAAUAUCCACGAGAAAUUAAGAAGAACAGGUGUCACACCCCUGGACCCAUCCGAAUGCGCCUUCUUCGACAACGUACAGCUACAACUGGUAGAUUCUGCGAGAGUUCCCAUCCUAACACUGAGAAAAAAUGACAUCGUUUGUGAUGUGUCUGUUAAUACAAACAACUCAUUGAAGCACACAGAAUUCUUUUCAAGUAUUCUAAAAAGGUUUCCCAACUUAAAAAAUGUUAUGAGGAUUCUGAAGCUACUUCUAAAGGUUAGGACUUUACCGUCGAUGAAGCAGGGGGGACUACCCACUAUCCUCUGGAUGAUGUUGUCUGUUUGUUACUGCAAACUCCCCAUGGGGGGCAGUUCAUUUUGUGGGUCUGCUGAAAAAUACCCAUUUGGGAGGCGUGACCAGGGGAAGACUCAGAGGGACGGAAAACAAAUGGAAACCUCCACUUGUACAAGUGCAAUUAGCCCUGUUAGCAGCGUUACCAAUGAAACAGGUGUACUGCUCCCGUGUGUUCCUCACACGUCGGGAGAUCCAUCAUUGGAAGGACACACGGACCAACUUAAAGGAAGAGACUCAUCAGAUGAGCUUGUCUGUUCCCUCGACGGAGAAAAGGAUGAACUCCUGAACGGUGGUUAUUACCAUGACGGGGGAAAAAACGCUAUGAUGGAGAAGCAAUCCAUCGACUGCACCCCCGGAAGUGACGAGGAAGACACAAAAAAGAAAAGAUAUAUUACAGGACAGAAAGAAACUGCGAGGGAAUCUCCAGCGCACGUACAACACGAGAAGGGGUUGAACGAUGGGACCACAUCACCUGGUUGGUCCACUCAAAUGGGUGAACUACGUGGUAGCUCCCCUUACCACCACGAAGGGAGAUGUCGUAAGGGGAAAAAUUCCCCCCAAUCGAACAACCCACAUAAAUCACACCAUUACAACCGUAGCAGUGAGGGUCACCUGCACACAGACCAGAACCAACCCAUGUGUGGCAUAAACGAUGGUGAAAGAAAAGAUGCCCUCCCCAGUGGUGAACUCAAAUUCAAAGAGGAAAAAAUGCACAUCGGUGUGUUGAGCUCAUCUCCCUCAGUCUGCAGCAGCUUGGUGAACAGUGCCUUUUGUGGGGAACCCAUGGAAAAGGAUGAGAAGGAGGAGGAGAACAAAAACAAACGCGUAGGCAAAGAUGAAACGCGCGAAGAGGACCAAACGGCCAGCCAUUUUUCUAGCAUGUCGUGCCACUUAGUGGAGGAGAUAUUCUCCCAUAAUGAGUACGAAGAGUCGAGUGCCAAUUCGUGUUGCCAUCAUUAUGCCGAAUCGUGUAGACACAAUUGUGGAAGCGAUGGUGAAAGGGGAUCAGAGUGCGUUUCCACCUUUUCAAUGAACUGCUUCGACAGCUCCCUUACACAAUCCACAAAGGGUCAAAACCAACCCACGCAACAGCAGAAGCGGAAAAGAAACGUCCUAAAGAUAAUGCACCGUAAUGGUAAAAUCCUGUCCCAGUUCGAACCCCCCAUGGGAAUCACACCAAAUGAGGAGGGAAAAAAUGAAGGACCUGCAAAGUGUGUGAUGAAUUCACAAAAUGGAGGAAGAAGAGACCAACCUGGGGAGAGCCACCAUGCAAUCAGUGAGAACCACCUGAUGGCGCUAGCCCCCCUCUUCUACUCCCUCAUGAUUCUGUUCAACGAACUGAACUCCAGAAAGAAGCUAACCAGAACGAUAAACAUAAUCGAUGAGGAAAAGUGUCACCUCAAAAAUCCAGACGAAAUAAAUAAAAGGUUACUGUCGUCUGUUUGCCACGGGGGGGUUUGGGACGAGCUACUUACUCUUUACGACCCCAUUUACAGCUUUAACUACGAAAGGUACAUUAGCCGCACGGGUGGGCAUGCAAUUGCUGCUACACCUGUGCACGUUGGCAAACCCAAAGAGAAAACCCAAACGAGUCCUACGAAAAGCACAACAGGGAGCCACAUGUAUAGAGAGAACUUUAGGAAAGACCCCCACCAGAUAAACGACAUCAUGUGUUCUAUGUGGUCCAAAAAGAAGGCAAAAAGUUUAACCCCUGAUGAGUGUCGUAAAAGUGGAAGCUCCUCCCCUGCAAUCAGUUCCUGCAGUCCCAGGGAGGUACACCAGAUCAACCGGAAGGAUCAAGCAAAAGAGGAAACAAAUGCCGAACACCACCUGGAAAAAAAAAACAAAAUAACAACAGAGUCAUUCCUUUCAAUGCUUACGGAUGUAACGUCGUUUCGUAAAAUGGACGUAAGGAAACACUCAGGUAAACGGGAGAGUGUAUCGAAUGGAGUCGUUCAUUCUGCCAGCGUAGAUCGUGUCAACUGUGGUGGCCACCCAUAUUGGGAACAUCCCCCCUGGAAGGACGUGAAAGGUCCUUUUGUUGGCGAUACUGUGAAGACAUGUGGUGUUACCCCCCCACCGAAGGAAAUAAAAAUGAAUGGAAGAAUUACCAGCGGGUCCUCCAUCUCCACCAACAGCAGUAGCAGCGGAAACAGCUUGCAAAUAUCGCAUGCUCGUGAGGGAGAUUUUUUAAAAAGUGGGAAGAGGACCCCUCAUCCUGAUGGAAAGACCAACCAUACCAUAAAUGAAGACAUAGAAAAUGAAGUUGAUUUAGCAGAAGAGGAGGAUAAGACGAACCCGUUCCUUCUUCACAACGCACCCCAGUUAGACUCCCACUGUGACGACGCAGGUGGGAUAUCCCCCACGAGAAACUCACAUGAAGUUGUUGAACAAGCUAAUCAGAUCUUCUCACCUCAUCCAAAUUGUAACACAGAAAUGGUAAAAACGUUUGGGGGGGAGUAUAUAUCCAACGCGUUUAAGGGAGCACUGCGUAAAGGAGAUCGCCCCUCCAUCAGCGAAAAUCCCCCAACGAGGAGAAGAGAGCAUUACAUGAAUGACGAGGACGUAACGACAACCACUAUGGAUGCAGUUCGUCUGAACGGAGGACGAGGUUCUCAUUUCUUCACCAGUUCUUCGAACAUUGCGUGGGGGAGUCUCCCCCAUUUGGAUAUGCGUAACACAGCUGUAACGUCCGGAAGUUACUUCAACGAUGUCCAUCUGUCUAACUCCCUCACCCCCAGUGACACAAUCUUGCAUGGUAUGACAGAUGCAAAUUUUAGGAUCCAUGAUGGGGCCCUCCACAUGUGCUCCAACGAAGUGAACACCUCCAUGAGUCAACACAGAUGCAGCGUCACAUCGAAUAAGGAAAAUACAAUCCGCCUCAAGUACAACCAAAACAAACACCUCACAGAUAACAUAUUGGAAAAAAAUAACAAAACGGGUAAUCGCGUCGAAGUCCGAACAACCGCACGGAAUAUCAUCCAAACGAAGAGAAACAUACGGACAUUUGAAAAGAAGUACGAACAGAAUAUCGACUUGGCAGGGAAGGUCAGUAGCGCCACGUGGUUGAUAUAUCUGUAUGAGCUGAAGAGGGCUAGCUUCUUUAUCAACUAUUACCUGCACCAUUUGCAUCUGUUCAUUUGUUUUAAAAAGCACUUCAAUGGGGGGGGAGGAAGAGAAUCAAAUGGGAUACACGUAAACCAUAUCCCAAAGCAUCCAUGCGAUGCACAGACGAGGAUAACUAAAAACUACGAGAUAUUCCAAAAGAAGCAGUGGCUCACCAUCAAGAUAAACUCAAGAGACGAACUGUCAAAUGCAGAUAAACCAAGUCUGCAAAGGAGGGAGGUCCUCUUCCCAAAUGCCACAUUUCCUCUGCUCAGCCAGACGGAGCAGCCAAUCAUCCUCGACAAAGGGAGCCAAUUGGAUCUGUUUAAGAGAGAGUCACCUCAAGUGGGAAAGAAAAUCCACUCCGAUGAAAGGGUGCAAACCGAGGAAAACACAACGCUAAGCGAAAGGAUAGAGAAGAACAACCUGGACCCGACUGGGCAAAUAAUUCUAAAGUGCAUUUUGGAAAAUCUAAAAUGUUGCAUCCAUGCAUUGUUCGAACGGACAAAAGGAGAAAUAUAUGUCCUUCCCUUCCGUCCUCAGUUGGGAAGUUCCCACCUUCGCAGAAGCAGCAAGGAGGAGAUACCAUCCAAGGGGAACCAUCCCAAUGAUGGAGAAAGGGAACAACGAGGAGGACGAUUUGCAAUUCCAACAGGAGAAAGCACCGAAGAUAGUUGCAACAGGAACGCAAAAAGUAAUAACCACAAGGAACAAAGUUUAGACGACCCCACAGAUGCAGAGAACCAAUACGCCCUUGUCCUGAUAGAGGGAAAACUAGUGUUCGUUAAAUUUGUGAAAAUCUGCAUCGAUAGAAAUAAAUUUUGGGACGAAAACUUUCUCUGCAGGAGAGACAUCAGGACAGUCAUCCACGCCAAGGCUCUAGAUGUUCUCUUCAUUUCAAACAAGGCAAUUAAAACGGACAAGAAAAAAAAAAAAAAAAAAAAAAAGAACCAAGAUGGUAGGCAAAUUCACCCCAACAGUGACACAAACGGUAAUGAAAAUCUCGCAAAACAAAUUUGCACAUCCAGCGAUACGUCCGACAUUGACCAGAUGCUUCUAGAGGAUAACUCCUUGGACGAGAAUGAGCGUUUUUCCAAGAGGGACCCUACGUUAAGUGACUUCCCCUGCGCUGCUAGUGAGAAGGUGCAAAAUGAUGCUGCUGCCCCGGGGGGUGGGAUCAAAGGCGAAAAACCCGCUUCGAAAGAGCCCAAAGGAAGAACGAAUGAUCCAUCCGACGGGAAGAACCCCUACCUUGUGGACAAUUCGAAGCGGACCAUGAAAUCUUGGGAUUACGAAAAACAGAAACUAAAAGCAAAGUGCAGUAAUUUUAUUUACAACUCGAGAAAUGACUACCUUGGCCUUCUGGUGGAACAGAACGGGGGGGGCAGGGAUAGGAUGGUUAGGCGACAGGCAAGUCAGCCGAGUCAAACAGGUGAACCGUGUGCGCCUCUCAAACCGGGUGACGUGUUCCUCAUCAACCCGUGCAACUUCGUAACGCGUGUGAACGUAAAAACAGUGUACGUACCCAGAAGGAGUCUCAAGGACGAACUGGCGGACACCAUUUGCGAAAGGGCUCACCUGAAGGAGAGUCAAAUGAGGAAUAUUUUCAUGCUGCGCGAAAUGGGACAAUCCCUGUCGGGAAGCACAGUACCCUUCGAGGAAGCGCAACAAGGGGACUGCCAAACAGACGAACAGAAGGAAAAACAACCAGAGGAUGACGACGUAUGUUGCGUACGAAUUAUCCCAAGAAGUGAAAUAAUGAGAUACAAAGAGCUCAUCCGUAUUACGAGAAACAGUCCCUUUUAUCACAAGAAGGCCAAGCACAUUUCUAACAAUGCCAACCCCCCCCUGCAGCAACCGGUGAGUGUGUGUAACUUUUGUCAGACCAGGGGAACCUUUAAUGUGAAAACGAACCACUUUACCCUUUCCCAUGUGGACACCGAUGUUGGGCAGAGUAUCACCCAGCUUCUCCGGCAGUUGAUACAUGGGAAGUACGUCUCCGCACACCGCAGGGGGGAAGACUGCCACCAAUGCGCCCAAAACCUACCAACGCCCAACUGA